AUGAAAUAUAAAAAAGAAAAUGGAGUAGUCUUGGUACAGUUUAUAAAGUCACCCAUUGGACAUGAUGAAAAUAUUGGCAGAUUAAACCUUAAAAAGGACGAACGUGCUCAAAUAGCGGGGAAAAUCAAAUCUGGUGUUCCACUUGAUGUCAUACUUGAUGAAAUUCGUGAUCAUGCAUCAGAUAUUCAUGCUGCACUUACUACAAAAACGAAACAAGAUCUACUUAAUAUUAUAAGAGAUUUUAAUUUGGAUCCUACUCGUUCACAUUCAGAUGACGCUGUCAGCAUAGAUCUUUAA